AUGAGCGCUAUCACCCUCACCAGCUCCGAUGGAGUCGAACUCUCGGUCGACCGCACCACCGCUGAGCGGUCCGUGUUGAUCAAGAAUAUGCUUGAGGACUUGGGUGAUUCUGGAGAAGCUAUUCCUAUCCCUAACGUCAACGAGGCCGUACUGAAGAAGGUGAUUGAGUGGUGCGAACACCACAAGAACGAUCCCCCCAGUGCCAGUGAUGACGAUGACAACCGCCGCAAGACCACCGACAUCGAUGAGUGGGACCAGAAAUUCAUGCAGGUCGACCAGGAAAUGCUCUUUGAGAUUAUCCUCGCUGCCAACUACCUGGAUAUCAAGGCUCUUCUCGACGUCGGUUGCAAGACCGUUGCCAACAUGAUCAAGGGCAAGUCCCCGGAGGAGAUUCGCAAGACCUUCAACAUUCAGAAUGAUUUCACUCCCGAGGAGGAGGACCAGAUCCGUCGCGAGAAUGAGUGGGCCGAGGAUCGCUAA